UUCUCUCUUCUCAGCUCUCUUAGCUCGCGCGCACCCACGCACACUCUCUCUCCCGAGCUCACUCUCGUGUCCAGCCCAGCGCGUGCCGCCCCCAGUUUCAAACCGACACAGAAAAGCGCGGGCGCCGAAGCCGACAGAGCGAGCUAGUGGCAAGCAAGAUGGUGAGCAUGGUCGCCGACGAGAAGCCGCAGCUGCUGUCGAAGAAGGCCGCGUGCAACAGCCACGGCCAGGACUCGUCCUACUUCCUGGGGUGGGAGGAGUAUGAGAAGAACCCCUACGACCCCGUCGCCAACCCUGGCGGCAUCAUCCAGAUGGGCCUCGCCGAGAACCAGCUCUCGUUCGACCUCCUCGAGGCGUGGCUCGAGGCCAACCCGGACGCGCUCGGCCUCCGCCGCGGCGGCGCCUCCGUCUUCCGCGAGCUCGCGCUCUUCCAGGACUACCACGGCAUGCCGGACUUCAAGAAUGCAUUGGCGCGGUUCAUGUCUGAGCAGCGAGGCUUCAGGGUGGCCUUCGACCCCAGCAACAUCGUACUCACCGCCGGCGCCACCUCGGCCAACGAGGCGCUCGUGUUCUGCCUCGCCGACCACGGAGACGCCUUUCUCAUCCCCACGCCAUACUACCCCGGCUUCGAUCGCGACCUCAAGUGGCGCACCGGCGCCGAGAUCGUCCCCGUGCACUGCACGAGCGCCAACGGCUUCCGGGUGACGCGCGACGCGCUGGACGACGCGUACCGCCGCGCCCAGAAGCGCCGGCUGCGCGUGAAGGGCGUGCUCAUCACCAACCCCUCCAACCCGCUGGGUACCACAUCGCCGCGCGCCGACCUGGAGCUCCUCAUCGACUUCGUGGCCGCCAAGGGCAUCCACCUCGUCAGCGACGAGAUCUACUCCGGCACGGCCUUCGCCGAACCGGGCUUCGUCAGCGUCCUCGAGGUCGUGGCGGCGCGCGGCGGCGCGGCGGCGGACGGCCUGUCGGAGCGCGUGCACGUCGUGUACAGCCUGUCCAAGGACCUGGGCCUCCCGGGCUUCCGCGUGGGCGCCAUCUACUCCUCCAACGCCGCCGUCGUCUCCGCGGCCACCAAGAUGUCCAGCUUCGGGCUCGUCUCCUCCCAGACGCAGCACCUCCUCGCGUCGCUCCUGGGCGACAAGGACUUCACCCGGAGGUACAUCGCCGAGAACACGCGGCGGAUCAAGGAGCGGCGCGACCAGCUGGCGGAGGGCCUGCGGGCGAUCGGCAUUGAGGUCCUGGAGGGCAACGCGGGGCUCUUCUGCUGGGUGCGGAUGGGCAGCCUGAUGCGGAGCCAGUCGUUCGAGGGCGAGAUGGAGCUGUGGAAGAAGGUGGUGUUCGAGGUCGGGCUCAACAUCUCCCCGGGCUCCUCGUGCCACUGCCGCGAGCCCGGCUGGUUCCGCGUCUGCUUCGCCAACAUGUCCGCCAAGACCCUCGACGUCGCCCUCCAGCGCCUGGCCGCCUUCGCCGAGGCCAGCGGCAAGGGCGCCCCCGCGCGCCGCGGCCUCGCCGGCGGCCCCGCCAGGACCAUGAGCUGCCCGGUCGCCCGCUUCAGCUGGGCGAACCGCCUCACCCCGGGCUCCACCGACCGGAAGGCCGAGCGGUAGCCGCCGAUCAGCCAGCGGAGCACUGUUCAUAAACCACCGCCACGUCGUCCACGUACCGCGCACCACACGGCGGCGCUACAGCACAGAGCAUCAUCGUUAGCAGUAGGCGAUUAGUAACAGUAAUUAUUCCUUAUUGGGUCGUGUAAUUUCGUGGGGUUAUUUUUCCUUGAGCACCGAGGUGCCCGAGGGCCAGCCACUACUAGGUAGUAGGAGCGAUCGAUCCAUGCCCAUGCAUCGCAUCGUGUAUUUUUUUUUACCGGGAAUCCCUCGGUUUGUAUUGGUGUACUAUGUACGCAGCAGUCACUGUAUCAUUAUUAUUACGAUCGAGGAUUAUUUUUAUCA